GGGUAACUUAACGUUAACGUGAAGGACUCUGUCCAUGCCACUUGUUAUGUUACUUCUUACGGUAGCAUGUCCCUGGUUUAUUUUUUAUAUAGUCGACUUUACUUUGGAGUACAGUGUCCCAAGUGGGCUAACAAGAUCUGUGAGGCCCAAAUAUCUCCUUAAUGUCCUCUCCCCCUCUCACUGGCCAGUUUGGCUGCAUCUAUGAGCUCCCACCCGCAUACCACUGCGGCAGACAGCAGCCCUGUCAGCUCCCUGGAUUCUCCCCUCUCUGUUACAAGUUCAUCACUUGGCUCACCUGGUGGCCCAGCAACACCUUCAGCGAGCUGUGGACCCUUAAGUAACCCUGAGAUAAACUCUUCAGUGUCCAUCUCAGGGCUGCAUGCAGUAAGCAGCUCUGAUGAUGUUAAGCCUCCAUUUGGCCUAAAGUCUCUGUCAGGCCACAGCCCUGGGCCUAUGCUAUCCCAGAAACGGAUGUGUGUCAUCUGUGGAGACCGAUCUUCAGGCAAACACUAUGGGGUGCACAGCUGUGAGGGAUGUAAGGGCUUUUUCAAGCGCACUGUUCGAAAGGACCUGAGCUACACCUGCCGGGACAACAAGGAUUGUGUGGUGGACAAGCGUCAGCGCAACCGCUGCCAGUACUGCCGCUACCAGAAGUGCCUGGCCACGGGCAUGAAGAGAGAAGCUGUCCAGGAGGAGAGGCAGCGCAGUAGGGAGCGGGAGGGGGAGCUGGAGUACAGCCGCGCCGUCAACGAGGAGAUGCCGGUAGAACAGAUUUUAGAGGCUGAGAUGGCAGCCGAACGCAAGACGGCUCACACCGACGGCUCAGGUACCGGCUCGGCCAGCGAUCCGGUCACCAACAUCUGCCACGCUGCAGACAAGCAGCUCUACGCUCUUGUGGAGUGGGCCAAGAGGAUCCCCCACUUCUCCGAGCUCCCUCUGGAUGACCAGGUCAUCCUGCUGCGUGCAGGAUGGAAUGAGCUUCUGAUAGCUUCCUUCUCUCAUCGCUCUGUUGGGGUGAAGGAUGGUAUUCUCUUGGCUACUGAUCUGCAUGUAUCCAGAGAAACAGCUCACACUGCGGGGGUGGAGACCAUCUUUGACAGGGAGAGUGCCCACAGUGCAGAAGUGGGAGCCAUACUUGACCGUGUGCUGACAGAGUUAGUCAGUAAGAUGCGAGAUAUGCAAAUGGACAAAACUGAGCUUGGCUGUCUCCGGGCAAUCGUCCUCUUUAACCCAGAUGCUAAAGGCCUGACCAGCACGAGUGAGGUUGAGCUCCUCAGGGAGAGGGUGUAUGCAUCACUAGAGGCCUACUGCAAGCAGAAGUACCCUGAGCAACAGGGCAGGUUUGCCAAGCUGCUGCUGCGACUGCCUGCCCUGCGCUCAAUCGGCCUGAAGUGUCUGGAGCACCUGUUCUUCUUUAAGCUCAUCGGGGACACCCCUAUUGAAACUUUCCUCAUGGAGAUGCUGGAGGCCCCUCAUCGGCUCCCGUAAGAGGGAGGCUGGACGGCCGGGGCUGCUCUGGGCCUGGACCUGUCCAAGCCUCUGGAAUUCACUGUGACUAUUUUCCCGGGGGAAUUCAUCGAUUUUGUAAGACUCUUGGCUGGGGUUUGCUUCCCUCCCUCCCUCUUCUCUUUCUUGCCAUCCCUUGCUCUCAUUUUUUCCUCCUCUCUUCUAUUUCUUUUCUUUUGCCUCCCUAAGCACACCCCAGUUCAGAGCCCCGGAUCUUGAUCCCAGGAAGUGCUGGUGCUAUAGUUUAAUUGUGAGUUGUUGAGUUGAAAUGCAUUUUUAAGCUGGGGGAAUCUGAAGGGUUCCCUCCUACCCACUAAUAUAAGCUCAAAUUUGGGUUUACAUUUUUAUAGAACCAUGUUGAAGAUGAUGCUUUAAUCUUCUGUGAGUAAGCUCCUCUGUGUUCAGAGAGAGCAACACACUCAUGCAUGUGUCUCAGCAGAGGCUGGUGCUCCACUCCUGUUGAGCCACACACACACACACAAUCAAAGAGCUACAUGCACAGCCGCACACAUGCUCAUAGGAAAAGGAAACACACACACACACACACACUACCCCAUGCCUAACUGGCCUGUUUUUGCCAAUGAAACUUGGCCAACCUUUGUGCAACAAAUUGAAAAAUAAUAAUGCCUAACUAAUGUCAUACACGAACCACAAAGCAAAAUAGUUAACCAAUGUUGGAAAAAUUGAUCAUCUGAAAAGUUUUGAUCGUGUGCAAUUUAAAUAGGAACAUUUGAAAAAUGUCGAGCACAUGAGAGAAACCCCUAAGGGGACUUAUGGUGCUGGUCCUUACUGAGCACUUGCAAUGCAGACCGGGCCUGCAGUGGCAAACAGCUCUGUGUGAUCUUGUGUGAGUCUGUGUCUUGCCUUUGUGUGAUUUUAAAAAUGAAAAGAAAAAAAAGAGAUCCCAGCCUAAAGGCAAGGGACAGAAAUAAGGGUAUCCGCAGCGGCCAAAGUGAGACGCGAGUUUUCACGUGUGGAGAGCGAAGGGCGCCUGGUGGCAGCUGGAGAGAACAGAUGCGUGUGUGUAAACGCUUUGACUUAAGUGUUGCAGGUGUGAUUGUACCUAACGACGCUUCUGCCUUUGCCUGCCACACAGCAUUUAACCUGUUAUAUUUUAUAAUGUGCACUCUCUCAUCAGAUGACAUAUCACCUAACGCUGUAAGAUCGAAGAGAGACAAUGAUUCCUAAACUAUAAUGCACUUAUACAUUUUCAUCAAGUGACCAAAAAUGGUCAGAUUUUUUUUUUUUGUCUUUUUUUUUAAAUGUACUUUGGUGCUUUAUAAUAGACACUUAAUGUUACAUAGGCCUGCCCUGGGAAAACAAAAAUGAACUAAAACUUGACUUCAAAACAACUAAGACGACACAUUUUGAUGAAACUGAAGAAUAGCAAUAUGUGUUGUUCUCUCACCAUGCUCUCUCCUUUGUCUGUGUAAAAGGGCGUGCAAUGUUGCAUCUUUGUAUGUUUGAAUGGGAUGUAGGCCUACUCCUGAUGUGUAAAAUUAACACAGGUAAUUUUCUAAAAGUACUGUACAAAUAUUAUUGUUCAGGGACAAUAAAAAUAAUGAUAAAAGACAGAAAAAGUAUAGCCAACACAAAGAGAUUAGGAGUCACUAUUCUCAAAAACAUUUACAUUUGCUUUUAGUUAGUGUAGUCAUGUAAGAGAAAUGAGACGUAGGCUGCCUUGCUAUGGUUCUCACCUUCAGGUGCCCUCACGUGUUGGAUCGAGUUGAAAAUUUGAGCGUCAUACUAGGAAAUUGCACAUGAACACCAGUCAGUGUUGGAUAAUCGGCUCAGAAGGUCAGGAUUUUUAAAAACCUGUUGAGUGAAUUAUUCUUCUGGUUCCUUCUAGAAUUCUACACAAAAGAUCUAUAGUUUCAGUGUUCUCAAUACAGUCUAUGGAAGAAAUCUCUGAGGGUAAUUGAACUCCUCAACAGGUUAAAGAAUGCGGCAAAAGUCGUUGAGUUGUGAUGCACUAUGACCCUGAAUGAUUGCUAAUUGUCGAAAGUGUUGCAACAGCAGGAAAAACAUCAAAAGUCCUUCUAAGAAUGUCUUGUCUGUAAAUGUAUACACAACACCAAAAAGGCCACUGUGGGAUUGUUAUGUUAUACUGACCUUUUUUCCUUGCAGUAGUUUUAACCAUUUCCUCAUGCUUUACAUUCUUUCACAACAAUAGAUGUUGCAAUCUGUUACAGUACUUUUGCAUCCCCCUGCAGUACUGAGAUGUAGACCGCAUGUGUGGGAUUGCAGGGAAAUGCAAAAAUUAGAUUGAGGGAAUGUAAAAGUAUUUCAGGAUGAAGAAAAAAAAUCUCAUGGUGGGCUUCCACGUGUACUGUAAAUGUAGAGCAACCUAUUGUGCGUAAAUCUUUACUGCCUAGAAAGCCGAAACUAUGUACACAAUUGAGAAAUACAAAAACAGUCGACAUUCACAUUAUCAUUUGUCCUCCAUGUUCGACUCCUCCGUGAAACAGAGCUUAAAUACAGUGCAAUUAUUGGGUCGACAUGGAAACCACCAACUUGAACAUGACAGCACGUGAGCGCAUCUUUUGCUUCCCCUCCCCUCUUGAUUCCUGCCUCAGACCCAAUCUUCCUUUGACUCUUCCUGUUUUUUUUUUUUUUUUACCAUGCUGGAUCUUUACAUCAUGUUUUGAAAAGAUAUUUUAGCCUGUCCUUGUGUUGGCUUCAGUUAGACUUUGCUGUUGCAUCCUGCUCUGUCUUUUGCUUUCAGCUCAUGGGAUGACGAUUACAACUACAUAACAAUUAUAUUACAUUGCAAAUAUAAGUUCCUGUUUUUGGCAAACAAGUAUUAAACAUACCGGAUUUUGUCUGAA